AUGGAUAUAAUCGAAAAGGUAGAUGGACCAACAGACUGGGUAUCACCGAUUGUCGUAGCACCGAAACCGAAGAGCAAAAACAAUGAAAUACGUAUCUGUGUAGACAUGCGCCUUCCUAACGAAGCCAUUAAAAGGACUCGACACAUUAUACCGACAAUAGACGAUCUUAUUGUGGACUUAAAUGGUUCAAAAAUAUUCUCAAAAUUGGAUUUAAAUCAGGGAUACCAUCAACUUGAAAUCUCAAAGAAAUCACGCAACAUAACCACAUUCACUACACAUGUUGGUCUAAGACGUUACAAAAGACUAAACUUUGGAUUAACAUGUGCGCCAUCAGAAGUUUUCCAAAAUGCAAUACAGACCUCACUUGAAGGACUUGAAGGUGUACAAAACAUUAGCGAUGACAUAAUCGUGUAUGGCAAUUCGCAGGAGCAACACGACAGUAGACUGGCAGCCGCCCUACGACGUCUAGAGGAAAAAGGCCUCACACUGAACAAACAGAAAUGUGAAUUCAACAAGAAAACGCUUGAAUUCUUCGGCUAUAGUUUCAGUGAAAACGGAUUUUCUGCUGACAAGAAAAAGUGUGAAAUAAUCAAAAACACACCUGCUCCACAAAACGCAUCAGAAGUACGAAGCUUCCUCGCAAUGACAAACUAUGUCUCCAGAUUCAUACCAAACUACUCCACAACGACAGAACCUUUUGUGAAUGCUCAUGCAAGCCCCGUAGGCAUAGCAGCAAUCAUGCUGCAAGGAGGGAAAGUAGUUAGCUAUGCAAGCAAAUCAUUAACAGAUACCGAGAAAAGGUACUCUCAGACCGAGAAAGAAAACUUAGCUAUCGUAUGGGCAAUUGAACACUGGCAUAUAUACCUCUUUGGACACAAAUUCACCGUCAUAACAGACGCAAAAGCGCUUGAACACAUAUACAAAAACCCGAAGUCCAAGCCGCCAGCCAGACUGGAACGGUGGCGAAUGAAAAUGCAAGCCUAUGAUUUUGAUGUCAUAUACAAGCCAGGUGAAUCAAACAUGUCAGACUACCUAAGUAGGCACCCAGAUGUCACAAAGACGCAAGCAAGCAACGCAGGAAAAAUCGCAGAAGAAUACCUGUCAUUCAUUACAUACCAUGAUGUUCCAAAAGCGAUGACGUUGCAUGACAUAAUCAAUGAGACAAGCAGUGACAACGACCUUCAACAAGUGAUGCAAAACGUCAGACAAUCCUCGUGGAAAUCAAAUUACAAAACAAAUACGGUACUAGAUACACUUGCACGUGUGAAAAAUGAACUGACAGUUGUGACGUUCAAAAACGGCGAAGUUCUCUUGCAUGGAAAUAGAAUUGUGUUACCUAAACAGUUGCAACAGAAGGCUAUUUCAAUAGCACACGAAGGACACCCAGGAAUAGUUAGGACAAAACAACUAUUGCGCGAAAAGGUGUACUUUCCAAAAAUGGACAAAAUGGUUGAGGACUUGUGUAACAGUUGUAUUCCCUAUCUCGCAGCAACUGAUAAAAACUCCAGGGAACCACUUCAAAUGACUGAAAUGCCAAAACAGGCAUGGGAUUCAGUGAGCAUGGAUUUCUGUGGACCAUUCCCUGAUGGAAAAUAUCUUCUUGUUUUGAUUGAUGACUUUUCAAGAUUCCCAAUUGUUGAAAUAAUAACAUCUCUUAAUGCAAAAACAGUUAUUGAGAAGCUUGACAAAAUAUUCUCAGAAUAUGGAAUACCUGAAGUACUGAGAACUGACAAUGGACCGCCGAUGAAUAGUGCAGACUUUCAAAACUUUUCAAAACAAUUUGGUUUCAAACACAGAAAAAUAACCCCUAUCUGGCCUCAAGCAAACGGAGAAAGCGAGCGUUUCAUGAAAACAAUAGGAAAACUGAUAAGGCUACAAGACUCCGACAGCAAGGACGACUUCGACGACUUCUACCGUCCUGGCACUGUACGUACGGACGAACAAGAGCCUUCACAACCGAGACGUUCAUCGCGAAAUCGAAACCCCCCAGAACGUUUCUAA